AUGGCCAGGUUCCAAGUCCCCCAGUGUCAGGUGGAGCAGGCACGAAAAUUUUCCACCUGCAUCAAGGACGUUUGCAACAGAGAUCGAGAAAACCAAACAUGCAUUGUCUCGAAGAACUCUGGCAAUACCGCGGGUGGUCAAGUGAAACAGGAAAACGUUGUCGUGUGGUUUCUCUGCGGGCCAAACCACAAGAAAGACGACUAUCAUUGUGAAAAAGAUAAGGACCAUUUCCAUGUGAAUUUCACCACGGAGCACUACCCACAAAUACAAUUCAAGUGCGCUAAAGACGCCCAUUGCAACGUUGGGCUCCGAUGGCAGCGCGCUCGGAAAGCUGGCGAGGAAUCGCACUUCGAGUUGGCCCCAAGGGAAAGCGGAGAGAACAAAGACUGCUGCAACUCGGAGUAUGUCCGAGAAGAUUAUCCGUUGGCUGAACGCCUGGUCUCGCGUUGCCUCGGUGAACUGCCGAAACCCAAAAUGCCCAAGAAGAAAUGA